AUGCCAUCAUUUGUGAAGUUCAUAAAGGACAUAUUGACAAAUAAGAGAAAACUAGAGGAUUUUGGGACAAUUACGCUCAUUAAGGAGUGUAGCACAAUAAUCCAGACCAAGCUUCCAUCAAAGCUUAAGGACCCAAGCAGUUUUUCUAUCCCUUGCUUGAUUGGUAAUUUUAAUUUUUUGAGCCCUUUAUGUGACUUGGGUGUUGGUGUCUCAAUUAUGCUUUUGUCUGUUGCUAGGAGAAUUAGACUGCCGGAGAUUCAACCUACUACAAUCACAUUGCAACUAGCUGACAGAGUGAUAAGGCACCCUUGUGGGGUUAUAAAGGAUGGCUUGCUUAAGGUUGGGAAAUUGUACAUUCUAGUGGAUUUCAUUGUACUUGAGAUGGAAGAAGAUCCAGAGAUUCUAAUCAUACUGGGACUUCUAUUCUUGGCCACUGCAGGUGCACUAAUAAAUGUAAGGGAAGGCAAAAUAACUCUCAAAGUUUGA